AUGGCUAUGCCCAGAACUCGCUCGGGGCGAUCCACCUCGCUCCAUGACUCGGACAGUAGACUCUAUGAGUCGGAGAAGAUUGACGCCCUCGAAUGGACAAAGAUCGAACGUGUUUCUAGGUCUGUUCCACUAGGUGUACUUCAAUUCUUGCUCGAAGCCGAACAGGUCAUAGUAGAGGGAUAUGGUGUUGUCCUCGUUAAUACUGAUGAGGCUGGUACCUUGUUCGUGACAAAUUUUCGUCUUCUUUUUUUGGUAGCAGUGAAAAGCGCUCAAGUUUUACGUGCUUUUGGUUCUCCAAAAAAAAAUGUUACUGUUGGAAUUCAGAAUUAG